UUCCCCUCUCCACUCCCUAGUUUCUUUUCCCUGGCUGCAAAUGAUGGGCUGCUGAGUCAGCUCUGGUUUUCAGGAAGUCAGAUGAUCUUUCCCUUCCUAGUUAUCUGCCUCUCCCUGCCCCAAGGUAGACGCUAUGGACCCUUUGGUGAUUCUCCUUUGCCUGCUGCCCCUGUACCCAGGCCUGGCUGCAGCCACUCCCUCCUGCCCUCAGAACGUGAAUAUCUCUGGAGGAGGCACGUUCACCCUUAGCCAGGGCUGGGCCCCUGGGAGCCUGCUCACCUACUCCUGCCCCCUGGGCUACUAUCCAUCCCCUGCAUCACGACUGUGCAAGAGCAACGGACAAUGGCAGACCUCUGGAGCCAGAUCGCUGAAGAAGGCCGUCUGCAGAAGUGUUCGCUGUCCAGCCCCUGCUUCCUUUGAGAAUGGCAUAUACACCCCACGUCUGGGAUCCUACUCCGUGGGCAGCAACCUCAGCUUUGAAUGUGAAGAUGGCUUCACACUGCGGGGCUCCCCUGUGCGGCAGUGUCGCCCCAACGGCAUGUGGGACGGAGAGACAACUGUGUGUGAUAAUGGCGCUGGCCACUGCCCAAACCCGGGUACUUCGGUGGGUGCCGUGCGGACUGGGUCCCACUUUGACCUUGGGGAUAAGGUCAUUUACCGCUGCUCCUCAAGUCUGGUGCUGACAGGGUCCAAAGAGCGGGAGUGUCAGGAGGACGGGGUCUGGAGUGGAACAGAGCCCAUCUGCCGCCAACCCUACUCGUAUGACUUCCCCGAAGAUGUGGCUCCUGCCCUGGGCUCCUCCUUGUCCCACUUACUUGGAGCUACCAAUCCCACCCAGAAGAAGAAUGAAAACCUGGGCCGCAAAAUCCAAAUCCAGCGUUCUGGUCACUUGAACCUCUACCUGCUCCUGGAUGCCUCUCAAAGUGUGACAGAGGAUGACUUCCAAAUCUUCAAGGAGAGUGCUGCCAUCAUGGUGGACAGGCUCUUUAGCUUUGAGAUCAAGGUUAGUGUCGCCAUCAUCACCUUUGCCUCAAAGCCCAAAGUCAUCAUGUCUGUAUUGAACGAAAACUCCCAGGAUGUAACUGAAGUGAUCAGCAGUCUGGAAAAUAUCAACUAUAAGGACCAUGAAAAUGGGACUGGGACCAACACCUAUGAGGCCCUAAAUAGUGUUUAUAUCAUGAUGAAUAACCAAAUGCAACGCUUUGGUAUGAAGACAGUGGCCUGGCAGGAGAUCCGACAUGCCAUCAUUCUUCUGACAGAUGGAAAAUCCAAUAUGGGAGGCUCUCCCAAACCAGCUAUUAACAAUAUCAAAGAGAUCCUGAACAUCAAGCAGAAGAGGAAUGACUAUCUGGACAUCUAUGCCAUUGGGGUUGGCAAGCUGGAUGUGGACUGGAGAGAACUGAACGAGCUAGGAUCCAAGAAAGAUGGGGAGCGCCAUGCCUUCAUCUUGCAGGACUCACAGGCUCUGCACCAGGUCUUUGAGCACAUGCUGGAUGUUUCCCAGCUCACAGACACCAUCUGCGGGGUGGGAAAUAUGUCGGCCAAUGCCUCGGACCAGGAGAGGACACCCUGGCAUGUCACCAUUAAGCCCAAGAGCCUGGAGACCUGCCGGGGGACCCUCAUCUCAGACCAGUGGGUCCUGACAGCUGCUCACUGCUUCCGCAAUGCCGAGGAGCUCACUCUGUGGAGAGUCUUUGUAGGGGACCCCAACUCCGAAUGGGGCAAAGACUUUCGUAUAGAGAAGUUGGUGAAAUCUCCGGGGUUUGAUGUCUUUGCCAAGAAAGACCAGGGGAUUCCAGAGUUCUAUGGAGAUGACAUUGCCCUGCUGAAGCUGGCCCAGAAAGUGAAGAUGUCAACCCAUGCCAGGCCUAUCUGCCUUCCCUGCACAGUGGAGGCCAAUCUGGCUCUGCGGAGACCCCAAGGCAGCACCUGCCAGGACCAUGAGAAUGAACUUCUGAACAAACUGAGUGUUCCCGCACAUUUUGUCGCCUUAAAUGGGAACAAACUGAAUGUUAACCUCAAGACAGGGUCAGAGUGGACAAGCUGUGCCCAAGUUGUCUCUCAAGACAAAACCACAUUCCCCAACCUGACAGAUUUCAGAGAGGUGGUGACAGACCAGUUCCUGUGCAGUGGGACCCAGGAGGAUGACAAUCCCUGCAAGGGAGAAUCUGGGGGAGCAGUGUUCCUUGAGCGGAGAUAUAGGUUUUUUCAGGUGGGCCUGGUGAGCUGGGGUCUCUACAACCCUUGUCUUAAAUCUGACAAAAACUCCCGAAAAAAGGCCCCUCGUGGUAGGAUACCACCACCAAGAGACUUCCACCUCAGUCUUUUCCGCCUGCAGCCUUGGCUGAGGGAGCACCUACAGGGGGUCCUGAAAUUCUUGCCCCUCUAA